CUUGUAAAGGUAAAAAUAAACCAUGACUACCUGGGCGCAGUGCCAUUGAUUAUACAAUACAUACACAAUGAUUAUACCUGAUUAUCACUGUAUAAUCAAGGACAGUGGUUGAUCAUCGAAGUAUACUAUAGGCAAUAGGCAUAAUAACCACUGCCGUACAGUACAAAAUUUUGAGUGACAAUAAAGUGAGGUUAAGUUUCUUUGUAAACUUCGAUAUGUUCAAGUUAAGAAACGUAUUAAGAUAGAAAAGUAUACGUGUACGUAUUUUACAAGUUAACACGAAAAUGUAAAUAAAACCUUAAAUUAAAUAAUGUGAAAACUGUGAUACUUUAUUGGCUUCGAAUGCUUCAAGAUAGUGAAAUGAUUGCUGUAAAAGACUGGAGAAAGGCACUAAAAACACCUCCAGGUUACCGUAUUAUAAAUAAAACAAUUCGUAGUCAAACACAAUUUAUAACAGGUGUAGCGUUACUCGGACUUAUUUUAUUGACUGUAAUUUAUAUGUUUCCGAAACGAUCGAGUACAUCCAAUGGUACAUUUAGUUAUACCUAUAAUAACACCUAUCCUCUUACAAGUCCUAUCAAAACUAGUACAAUGCAUACUUUUCGUCUAGGUAUAAUCGCAGAUUUAGACACAAAUUCCAAAAGUACCUCGGACAAAGAUACUUGGUAUUCAUAUUUAAAGAAAGGUUAUUUAAGUUAUAGUCCUAAUAAGCAGACGGUGGUAGUAAGUUGGGAUCACACAGAUCCUGUCAAGCUAAAGACGAGUUUCGCAUUGAAAAGUCGAGGGAUGGAACUAUCAGAGCUGGUGGUAUUUGAUGGCAAACUACUAACAUUUGAUGAUCGUACGGGUAUGGUAUUCGAAAUUGUUAACGACCACGCAGUGCCUUGGUUGGUGUUGUUAGAUGGUGAUGGCAGGUUUAGGAAUACAAAAGGAUUUAAAUCAGAAUGGGCUACAGUUAAAAAUAAAGUUCUGCAUGUUGGCUCUAUGGGAAAAGAGUGGACAACUCCAGAUGGGGCUUUUGUAAAUAACGAUCCACAGUAUAUCAAAAUGAUUACAACUGAAGGUGUCGUACAUCAUCUCAAUUGGAAAGAGGAGUAUAUUCGUCUUAGAGAGGUGCUCGAUAUUCACUGGCCUGGUUACAUGAUACACGAAAGCGGAGUUUGGUCAGACAUACACCAAAAGUGGUUCUUCUUACCACGUCGUUGUAGUAAAGACGCAUACAAUGAAACUUUAGAUGAGCACCGAGGCUGCUCUUGGUUGCUUACUGCUGACUCGACGGUCCACGGAGUAGAAGCAAUCGAGAUACCUAACUUAAUUAGUUCGCGUGGAUUUUCAUCCUUUAAAUUUAUACCUACAUCUGAAGAUACAGUAAUUGUAGCUCUACGUAGCGAAGAGCUUGAUGGAAAAACAGCUACAUACAUCACAGCUUUUACAAUAAACGGAAAAAUUCUUUUAGAUGAUACCUUUAUAUCCGAUCUAAAAUAUGAAGGAUUAGAAUUUAUUUGAUUUUUAUUGAAUAAGUAGAUAUUUGUUAUUUAUUUUUUAUUAUCAUACACAUUAUAUGAAUGUUGUUAACAAAAUGUUUAAUUUGAGGCCCUC